GGAGCCGCCCGCAGCCAGAGCCCUCCACCACUCCUACCGCUGGCAUUACAUUUUCAGGCUGGAUGCUAUAGGGCCGUUUCUAAUUACCUUAUAUCCCCUAGUGGUCUAUGAAUAAUGGAUCUAAUCUGGCUACUGUGUUCUGGAAGAGGAGGAGAGAGACAGCGGGAGAGAGAGGAGAGAGCACGGAGCAUCGCAGAUAACAAGCCCGCGCCAUGCAGUCCUUUCGAGAAAGGUGUGGUUUCCAUGGCAACCAGCAGAGCUACCAGCCGACUUCACAAGAUACAUCACGCCUGGAGAAUUACAGGCAUCAAAGUCAGGCAGGGCCGAACUGCGAGCGGCAGAGGCUGGUGGCGAAGGAGUACUACAGUCAGCAGCAACUGCCAUACGCAGGCUACGAGAACAGCGCCGCGGAGAAAUACCACCGGGGAAACAAGCAAUUAGCAGGGCAGCAGCUGCAAGGCAGACCGGCCUUUUCCAAUUACGCCGUGCAGGAGAACAGCCCCUACCCGGCACGCUAUUCGGGGGACGAGAGCCUGCAGGCGUGGGGUGGGCAGCCGCCGGCGCUGCCCAAGUAUGAGGACAGCCUGAUGAAGAAGACGUCGCCGGCAGCAGGAGGGCGGCCAUACCACGAGCCAGCAGCAGCUCCAUUGCCCUUCCGGACUCACUUCCCGCAGCAGCAGCCGCAGCAGCCGCCCGCGCUGCCCUACCCCAAGCUUCAGCGGCAGAAGCUGCCCAACGACAUCUCUUCGCCCAUGCCCUUCUCACAGAGCCCCCAUUUCGGGCAGCACUCACAGUCCUUCCCUGCCUCCUCCACCUACUCCUCUGUGCCGGGGGGCAGCCAGCCGGCACAUUCCUACAAGAGCUGCACGGCACCUUCAGGGCAGCCACCGCUGGAGCGGCCCCUGGGUAGUGCUGCCAGCCUGGCCCCCGGCCCCCGUGUGCCCAACCUGCAUGGCUACCAGCCCAACCGCAUCGGCUACGAGCAGCCCCCACAGCCACCCCCACAGCCGCCACCGCAGCCCCCACAGCCCCCGCAGCCUCCCCAGCCCCAACCUCAGCCCUUGCAGGGGAGGCAUCACGCCCCAGAGAGCCUCCACUACCAAAACUUGGCCAAGUAUCAGCAUUACAACCAAGCGGGGCAGACCUACUGCCAGGGUGAUGCACCGCCUGUCCGCACGCCAGAGCAGUACUACCAAACCUUCAGCCCCAGUGCCAGCCACUCGCCGGCACGCUCUGUUGGUCGCUCCCCGUCCUACAGCUCCACACCAUCCCCACUGAUGCCCAACUUGGAAAACUUCCAGUACAGCCAGCAGCCACUCAAUGCUGGUGCCUUCCCGGCCGGCAUCGCUGACCACAGCCAUUUCAUGCCGCUACUCAACCCUUCUCCCACUGACGGGACGAGCCCAGAUGCUCAAUCUGGGAACUGCAAAAAUUUGCCGAAGGAGAAACUGCCAGAAAACCUUCUGUCAGACCUGAGCCUGCAGAGCCUGACGGCACUCACCUCCCAGGUGGAGAACAUCUCCAACACCGUCCAGCAGCUGCUGCUUUCUAAAUCGGCCGUGCCCCAGAAAAAGGGCAUCAAGACCCCAGCGAGGACCCCUGAGCAGCUCAAGGGGCAGCACUGCAGCCCGGAGAGCAGCACGUAUUCUGCAGAGCAGGUGGGGACCCCGCUGUCGGACCCGCUCAGCACCCCACAGUCCGUCCAUGCUGAGACACAGGAUGCCGACUAUCUGAGUGGUUCGGAGGACCAGCUGGAGAGGAGCUUCCUGUACUGCAACCAGAACCGCAGCCCUGCCCGCGUCAACAGCAACUCCAAGGCGAAGCCUGAGUCGGUGUCCACAUGUUCUGUCACCUCCCCAGAUGAUAUGUCCACCAAAUCGGAUGACUCUUUUCAGAGCAUCCACGCCAGCCUGCCCCUGGAGACCUUCACCAAGUACGUGACCAACGAGAGGGACUGUCCCCGGCUGCUGCUCAGCGCGCUGUCCCAGGAGGAGCUGGCCUCUGAGAUCAUCGUCCUGCAGGAUGCCAUCAGUGAGAAGGAGGAAAAAGCCUGGGCCAACUCACCCAUGUUGACCAAGGAGGCCACAAAAUCCCCCUUCCAGCUGGAGAACCACCGGCCGUGCUUGGACUCUAUGGUGAAGGGCUCAUGGCCCAGCCAAGGUGACUCCAGCACCCUCACCGAGCCCCUCAAACUGGACAAGGCUUCAGGGGGCAGCACGGGGAAGGACUUUGGGGAGGAGGUGUAUGAGGGUCCCCAGGUGGAGUUUGCAGCCACUGAGACCAAGGACACGCUUAAGGAUGCGGAGUCGUUGGCUUUCAACUCCAAGCCCAGCAUCCCAGCUUCUACUUCCAGUGCAGGGGCCUCCGGCUUCAGCUGCUAUUCAAACACCACAGCCAACUCAGUGGACUCUGAAAAUGCCAUGGAGAACUUUGAGUGGCCAGAGGAGAAUCUGGGUGAGGCGUGCCUCAGGUGGAAGGAGCUGGGCUCAAGCCUGCAAGCCUCCGACCUCCCCAAAAGCCUCUUCCCCAGCAAACUGGGAGGAUCCUGCAAGGAGAAAAAAAAUGCUUGUAGCUUGGACCUGUGCGAUGGUGAGCAGCCAGCUAAGAGUGAGACCACCCGGGACUUUGGCCAGCAGGCGAUGGAGGAGGAAGAGGAGGAAACACUGACCUAUGAUGAGGCCACAAAGGUGGACAGUGAGAGGUGGCUUCAGGACACGCGGCACUGCUGCACAGCUGGGGACUUUAGUGAGAUCCCCAUGAUCUCAUCACCAGAGCUGAAGGAGUCGGACCUUGAGGUGGAGGAGUACUCCUCGCUCUGUGAGCUGGCAGGCACGGAGCAGAAGUCGGUGCCCUACACUGCCUCACCUCCCAAGCCCCCCGAGAUACCCGCUGUGCUGUCUGCCAGCGAGGUGCCCAUGUCUGCUGAGGAGACUGUCAGCACGGUAGAGAAGGAGAGCUCUGUGCCCUCAACGCGUCUCUCUGGUCAGUCCAUCAUUCUGCUGGGCCCGGCAGUGGGCACAGAGACCAAGGUGAAGAGCUGGUUCAAAUCCUCCCUGCCCCACAUCCAGCCUGAGGAGGAGAGUGGUGGAGUAGAGAAGUCCCACCCGGAAGCAGUGGACUCUGAACCUGCUUUGUCACUUGGGGUGAAGAAGCAACCAGCACCUGAAAAUGCAUUGGUGAAAACAGAGCCUGUCUCACGGGGCAAGAACCUCCGCAACAAGAGGAUCCACUGCCGGCUGCCGGAGGACAGUGCUGGCAACACAGUGCCGAGCCCCUUCAAUGAGCUGCCAGUGCUGUGUGUGGGGCUGGAUGGACAGGGGGAGAUGCUGAGCAAGAAUGUGCACAGCCAGACACCCAGGUUUGCAGCAGAGGGCUUGCCGGCACGCAUGUGCACCCGCUCCUUCACUGCCCUCACUGAGCCCCGUGCCCCAGCCCCUCUGGAGGGGCUGAAGGCUCCAAUGCACCAGGAGAAGCUGGGCAAGAAGCCAGCGUGUGGUGUGAAGCAGCGGGUGGCUUUCAAAGCCAGGAAGCGCAGCGGCCGGCCAGCCCCUAAGGUCAUCCAAAGUGCCGGUGGUGAUGCCACUAUCACAGUGCCUGGCUUGGUGCCAGCUGAAGAUGUGGUGGGGCCGAGCCCGAUGGAUGGGGAUGUGGCAGACGGUGGGGAGAGGGACCAGCGCUCGAUGAUCCUGCGCUCACGGACAAAGACACAGGAGGUUUUCUACACCAAGAGGCGGCGGGGCAAGCGGGCAGCUGAUGUCCGACUGAAGAACUGCAAAGCACCCAAAAAGCUCAUCUCCAACAACCACCUCCCACCCACCUUCAAGUUGACCCCCCCAGGCAGCCCCCACAAGGAGGGCAAGGUGGGCACCAGGAUGAAGCUGCCCAAGGCGGGGCCAGGGGUGGGCGGCAAGAUGUCGGAGCGGCCCCUGCACUCACUGAAGAGGAAGUCCACCUUCAUCUCCCCCAUCCCUGCCAAGAAGAGGAAUCUCGUCCUGCGCAGCAACAGCGGCGGCGUGAAGGAGGAAAAGCCGGAAGGUCCCCACAGCCUCUUCAAAAAGAUGCCUGUGGCCAAGAAGGUGAAAGCAAAGCUGCCCCCCAAGAGCCCUGGCGAAGCCAUCCCCAAGCCCCUCCCGGUGAAGGAGGCCCCCGACGUCUGCAUCAAGAUCACCUCGCGGGCAGCAUUCCAGGAGGCCACCAAGACCAAAGUGCUGCCUCCCCGCAAGGGCCGCGGCCUCAAGCUGGAGGCCAUCGUGCAGAAGAUCACCUCACCCAACCUGAAGAAGUUCACCUGCAAAACGGCGGCGGCAGCCACGGUGGCGGCCACCUACGGCACCUCGCUGAGCGCAGCGGGGACGGAGCGUGAGCGGGUGGUGAAGCACGGCACCGUGGCCCCGGCAGUGGGUGAUGCACGGUUGCCCAAACCAGCAGCAGCACAGAAGGCACCCGCUGUGCCAUCGGCUGAGCAGUUCUGCCGGAACCCCCACGGCCGAGCACUGAAAGGGAAGCCGGGCGGUGGGAAGAAGCUCUCUGCCGAUGGCUUGCAGAAUGAGGGCUGCCUGCCGGCUGCGGGGGCACAGCCCGGCUCAGCUGUGGUGGCCAAGAACAUGGCGCUGCUGCCCAAGAAGAGGAACCGCAAGGGCAAAGCGGCGGCGCUGGGCAUGACCAAGGCACCCCUCGGCCCCACGCUGCCCCUGCAGCCCCGUGAGCGCGCCGCCGGGCUGGGUGGUGGGGACGAAGGCAAGAAACCAAAGAGCGAGGAGAAGGAGGCGGCGGGCGGCGAGGGGCCGGCGGCAGGUGGGACGGCACGGGGGGCAAAGCCACGGGCCAACCAUGCCAACUACAACGGCUACUCCAAGCGGCAGCGCAAACGUCUGGGCCACAGCAAGGCCAAAGCAGUGCCGGUGCGCUGCAAGAGCCGGGGCAAGCGGCGGCGGCCGGCCCAGCAAGCCCCAUUGCCAGACCCUGCUGAACCAGAGAUCCGCCUCAAGUACAUCUCCUGCAAGCGGCUGCGGGCUGACAGCCGGGCACCCCCCUUUGCUCCCUACGUCCACGUAGAGCGGCGUGGUGACUUCACCACCACCUGCACCGUCAUCAACUCUCCCGGUGACGAGGCCCGGCUGCAGCGGGGACCCUCCGGCACCGUGCCCAGGCCACGGGCAGCUCUGCCGGCCUCCUCCGCCAUGCACCUGGGGCCCGUGGUGUCCAAGGCGCUGAGCGCGGCCUGCUUGGUGUGCUGCCUGUGCCGCAGCCCCGCCAACUACAAGGACCUGGGCGACCUGUGCGGGCCCUACUACCCUGAGGACUGUCUGCCCAAAAAGAAGUCGCGGCUGAAGGAGAAAGCGCGGGUGGAGGGUGAGGAGGGCAGCACAGCGGAGAGACCCCGAGGGGUGGCAGAGAGCAGCUGGGCAGCUGGAAGCAGGACGGGCAGGACGGAGGGUGCCGCAGAGCCGGGCAAGCCAAGCGUGCUGCGCUCCAGCCCCCGCGGUGUGUUCCGAAGGCUGCAGAGCUGCUACUGCUGUGACGAGAGGACAGAGGGCGAGGAGGCAGCCGAAAAGCCCCGGCGGCACGAAUGUACCAAGGCUGAGUCCCCGCCGCAGCCCGAGCCGGCGGGCGACACGCAGGAGCACUGGCUGCACGAGGCCUGUGCCGUAUGGACCGCUGGGGUGUUCCUGGUGGCGGGGAAGCUCUACGGGCUGCAGGAGGCCGUCAAGGCAGCUGCUGACCUGAAGUGCUCAAGCUGCCAGCAAGCUGGAGCCACCGUGGGCUGCUGCCAGAAGGGGUGUCCCCACACUUACCACUACGCGUGUGCCGUCGACACAGGUUGCUUAUUAACUGAAGAGAGCUUCUCUCUGAGAUGUCCCAAACAUAAGAGACAGCCGGUGUAGCAGCACGGGAGGUGUGCGGCCCCCACCACCAGCGAGGGACCCACAGGGGGGUGGCAGUGCCACCAUCCCCAUCUCGGAGCCGUCGGGGGUCACUGGAAGAGUGUGGCCCCUGGGGUGGGCACAGCGCUGCCGGCCGCCCCCUUGCCUCUCUCCCCAGAGCCCCCUCUGGGUGGGCAGAGCCCCUGGGGUGGCAGAACGGGGCCGGAGGCACGGAGCCCCCCAGAGCGGCGUGAUGGGGUCACCAGCGGUGCUGACACCCGCACGGCAAACACAAAGACUCUGCUCCAGGACUAUGUGAGCUGCACAGGGGUGGGGUGGGGUGGAGGGUGUAGGGUGGGGGGGAGGGGGUGGGGGGGGCCGUGUACGAGGGGGUCCCUGCGAUGUUGUCUUACUCCGGGGCCGCCGGACCCCCAUGUGGGUUCCAGGUCUCCGUAUCUCACACUGAUCUGAUCUGAGAUGUUGCCUUCAGCAAACCUCAUGGUGUCUGUCUGUAUAUAUGUGCGCGACGGAGAAAAGAAAAAGGAUUAAAAAAAAACAAAAAAAAAAAAAAAAAAAAAAAAAAAAAAAAGAAAAAAGAGAAAAAGAAAAAAAAAAAAAAAAAAGAAGAAGAAAAAAAAGCCCCAAACCCAAGAGCUGCUGUUUGAAACACCACUUUGCUUUUUACGUUUCGUUCUUCCAUCCCUGCCACGCAGUGUCCCUGUGAUGGGGACGGUGCUGUGCCGCUGCUGUGCCAGUGGCCGUGUCCCCAGUGGGGCUGGUGGGUGCUCACUGGGCUCCCCCAGCCCUCAUUCCUCCCUCCAGCCCUGUCCUGUGGCACCCGCCUCCCCCUGCUCCAUGGGGCAGUGCUGGGCUGGGGAUGCACGGUCCCCACAAGCCCCCCUUCCUUCUGCUCUGCCCUGCCAGGACCUCCUCAGCUCUUGUGCUUGCUGGGGAUGGGCUUCGCUCCCCAUGCUUGUGCUUCAAACCCUAUGGCACUGGGUGCAAACCCCGUAGCUCUGGGUGUAAAUCCAGGGUCUCGGCCUGACACAGGCAGCUGCAAGCAGCCCAGAAGCAGCUCCUGAUGGGCAGCAUCAGUGUCUGCCAGGGAGAGCAGCACUUCAGCCCCACAGGGACAGACACGGGACAGAGGAAUGCAGGAGCUGCUUCUCUCUUGCAUGGCCAGGUUCGCUUGGCUUCAGCUUUGCCUCUUCCCAGCUACUUCAAUGGGGCCGGGGGCUGCCAAGGGUGCAUUAACCCCAACUCCUACCCUAUAAAUGGAGGCAAAGCAUCCCGCAAACGCCGUUCCCUGCACCCCCAGCCCCGUGCCCCACCAUCACACCGUCCAGGUUUGCUGGCCAAGAAAUGUCUGUUGUUUCAGCAGCUCACCUCGGACACGGGAGAGAAAAGUCACAUGAAAGAAAAGCAAAAGAGAAUAAUAAAAGUAAUUAAUAACAAAAAUUCAUCAUCCCGGUGUCCCUGGCAGCGCUGCCUGAAAUCUGGCUAUUUUUAGUGACAUCUUGUACAUAUGACUGUAAAAUGGUAAACCGUGUGUAUUAUAUAUUGCCUCAUUAUAUAGUGUAUAUAUAUGUAUACAUAUACAUAUAUAUAAUAUAUAUGAAGACUGUAAAUGUUAAGACUAGUGUUCUUAUUAGUAUAUUGCUUCACACUGAAGAUUGUGUGUAACAAGCUGUUUCUAAAAGAUGUUUAUUUUCCUUAAGAGUAAAAAACAGGUCAUUGCAUUCAGAGCGUCAAUAAAGAUACAACGAUUGUUUUGGAAGUAC